AUGGCUGGACAGCUUGGCGUUGCUACCCGCAUCAUCGAGCUUCACCCAUACGCUCCAGGAUAUCGGAAAGCUCUGUUGAGAUAUGAGUCGUGGCCAGGAUUAGCUGCGAAGAGGAGCGGUGGGGAGGACCCGAAGCCAGCUGCCAUGAGUGCGGAGGGACUUGCGCUGGGUCUAGCCCCUCUGAAUCUUGCAGGCUCGCGCCCAGGGUCCCAUACCCCUGUCCCGAUUCACCCCUCAAUGGUCUCGAGGAUGCCUUCCUAUUCCCGCUUUCUCAACUCAUGCGGCUAA